AUGGGCGAUUCUCAAAACCCUUCGGCGAGCGUGCAACCAUCAGAGUCGGACGAUCUUGGUGUAAUUCAAGAAAGUGUUCUUCAGGACUCUUCCACCACAGGCGAGAAUCUCCAAUCUGGAACACUUUUCUAUCAUCUUGAUCUUCUAAUCACAAGCAUCUCUCAGAAGUACGAUAUUGAGAGAAUUCAGGUGGGCCUGGGCUUACUUCUACUGUUCCUGCUAUUAUUUUUCUGCUUGUGCAUUGCUCUUGCCUGGCGCUACUACUCACCAAUAAUAAUCAACUUCGCUAUUAAAGAAGAGCAAGAGCGAGUGCGUAGAAACAGCGAAAGGGACAAACCAGAGAAAGAAAAAAGCAAAAAACGACUAAUUAUGGAUGCGUUCAAAAAUUUUCUGAAGAAGAAAAAGGUGGAAAAACACUUCAAAAAGACUGGGCCUGGUCAAAAGCUUGCAUCUGGUUCGAAUACAAAUGUUCCAACUUUAGUAACUGGCGCAGCACAGGGUGGUGGAAUAGACCGUAUUGCUGCUUCUGACAUCGCUGCACAAGCUGCGAUCAAGCGACUUUACAAGGCGGAGCCUCAGAUAAGCAGCAGUCAGAAAAAGAUCCAGAUGAUUGCUCAACGUGAAUUAGAGGAAGAGAGGCGUCGUCGGGAUCCAAAAAAAGCUAUCGAGGAAUUAAGUCUAGAUGAGAAGAGGCCAGCGCAAGAUAUUCGCGAGUUCGAGCAUGCUGAUGUUAUCAAAGGUGUCUUCUAUACCUGUGAGUUACUUGGAGACGAUGAAGCGAUGACGAAGCCUGACCUCAUGCAAGCUCUUGAAGAGUUCUUGGUCUCUCAGUUGUCGUGCAAGGGCGAAGAUACGGUUGUACCUGCAGUGCUGCUUUUAUACUCACUAAAUAGAAAACCGGUCAAGGAGGUAGCUGUAGAUACCAUUGGAAAAUACCUCCAAAAUAUAAUCGAAAAUCCAGGAGAACAAAAGUACAGGAGAAUACGGCUGUCAAAUAAGGCAUAUCAGGAACGGGUAGCUGCUGCAAAAGGUGGACGAGAGUUCUUAGAUUCUGUUGGGUUCGAGGAAAAAUUAUUGCCACCCAAAGAAGGGGAUCAACCGGAACCGUUCCUUGUAAUGCCUGAGGACGCUGCUAAUGACACUGGUCGCUUGGUUACAGCCCUGGAAAUGUUGCGAGAAGGACAAAGCGUCCCUAUCAAAGUUUCCAGGGAGACAACGAUUUUUGUUCUUCGCGAGAAUGAACGUAUUACACUACCCCACCUACCACCAGAUUUUUUCGACUUGACUGUAGAUGAGAUCCGUCGAGAGCAGCAAAAUAAGACAGACGAAAUGAACAAGAACUUGAUGUUGCGCACGAGAGAGAUGCGGGAGAAAGACGAAAAGUUGCGCCAAUACACCUAUAAAUACACCUUAGUUCGAAUUCGUCUGCCUGAUCGAUAUGUUCUUCAGGGAACAUUCGGCUGUUAUGAGCCUUUCUCGGCCGUGCGUGAAUACGUCGCCAAACAUCUUGCGAACGAAGCAGCACUAUUUUCUUUAAGAAAUCCAGGAAAGGGAGGUGAAGAACUGGUCGACGAAACCAAGAGCUUAGCCGUUUUGGGACUGGCUCCUGCGGUAGUGCUUCACCUUGAUUUCGACGAACCUUUAGAUGGUCCAAGCCUGUUACAAGAGUACAUCGACGCUGCCGUUCCUCUCGCUGCAAAUUAA